GCUAGGGUUCCUCGCGAAAUAUUUCGAGGCGAUGACGACGAUCCGGCGCUUCACCUGCGCGGAUCUCUUCCGGAUGACGCACAUCAACUUCGAUCACUUGACGGAGACGUUUAAUAUGCAUUUCUAUCUCACUUAUCUCUCGCAAUGGCCCGACUACUUCCAUGUCGCGGAAGCUCCCAAUGGACAUCUGAUGGGAUACAUAAUGGGGAAAGUGGAAGGCAUCGGUGAAUCGUGGCAUGGGCAUGUAACAGCAGUGACUGUAGCUCCAGAGUACCGCCGGCAGCAAUUGGCGAUGAAACUCAUGAACAUUCUGGAGGAAGUCACUGAGAAAACCUACAAUGGCUACUUCGUGGAUUUGUUCGUGAGAGCAUCCAAUACUCUCGCCAUAAGGAUGUACAAGAAGCUGGGAUACGUAAUAUACAGAAGGGUGAUCAAGUACUACUCCGGCGAAGAAGACGCGCUAGAUAUGCGGAAGCCUAUGCCGAGAGAUGUGGAGAGAAAAUCCAUAAUCUCGCCUAAGCAGAUGGUCACUCCAGAGGAGCUGGAGUACGACUAGCAGCUUGCAUGACCUAAUGCAAUAGAGUAAUAAAAGAUGGCGGCCUUUCUGGGGUA